AUGGCCAGCCCACCGCCGGUCGUCGCUGCUCUCCGGCCAGCAAGCGACUCUGCCCCGCUUCCAGCCAGAGUCCACCAUGGCUGUCGCCUCCCACUCGAGUCACCACCGCUGCUAGGAGACGACGCUGCCAGCGUCUCAUCCUGCCGUAGCCCCUCUCCCCUUCUCAACCGCCACUGCAAGGCAACUUCUUCCCCACCGUCGCUGCUACUUCCCGGUCGCUCCAUCACCGUUGCCUGCCUCCCAGCCACAACCCUAACCAAGCUCCCCCCAUUGGGUCGCAGUCGCAGUCGUCAGUUGUCGCAGCCCCUCGUUGCAGUGGUUGCAGAAACAGAGCUUCCUCUGUUGUCGCAGCCCCUCGUCGAUCGCAGCUGCGCCUUGAGCACCGUCGCCUUUCAGCCGACCCACCACUACUACCAGCCACCGUGCAGCGACCGCCACUCACCUCCUAGCUGCUGCUCCCCCUGGCUCGGGCGAGAACGACCGUCGCCACUUCCCCUUGCUGCUCCACCCUGCUCGAGCGAGAAGGACCGCGGCCGCUGCUUCCCGGCCAAUGGACCAACCCCCUCAUCACUUCUACCGUUGGUGACGUUGCCCCCAACCGCGCCUCCAUCGCUGCCUCCGCUGCCCCCAAUCUCGUAG